AUGACCUAUAGACAACAAACAGGCUGGACGGGGCGGCGCCUUUUCGGAGCUCAGUGCCUGGCUCAGCCCAGCAGCUGCCCGGCAGCCGCCCAGCCCAGCCCAGCCGCCAGAUCCUGCAUUCGCCUUCCGAUCGUCGACUGGGAUGCCCUUCAAUCCAACCUGAUCCAACUGGCGCCUCGCCAAAGUCAUGACGCUGACGAUUGA